AUGGGCGUGCUAUCGGGCAGAGGCGCAACGACGGGACGUCCGGUGCCUGAGACGAGGGUGGUGCCUGGAGGCGGCAAGCUACCCGUAGCGGUGGCGAGGAUCAGGGCGCGGGCGCCUGAAAACGACCCCCAGCGGGGUUGGGUCUGGAGUGCCUCCACUAAGCAGGUCGGCCCCAGUGCUUCCAUUCGGGCUUCCAGCAGUCGCGGCAGCGGGCCUGAAGCCAACCCUGGAACCCGUAGAGUCGUGCGAUUCCCUUCAUGGGCCCCGUCUUUGCCCGCCAAUGCUCCGUCCACUUACACAAGACACACUCCCUCCCCUCUUCCGCACUGCGGCGACAGCGUCAUCGCCUCGACGCCAGGAAUCGUCACACGAGUUCAGAUCCAAGACAUCCCACUGCUACUACGCUCACUACAGAUCUUUAGCAGCCAUUGCCGCGCGCCGUGCCUCUUGCAUCUCCGGGGCCAUGACGUCGCGCGCAGAGAGACGAAGGGCCUUGCAGAAACCCGCCUGCAGCGUUAA